AUGCUUCCUCAGCAUGACAAACAGCCAUCAGAGCCUGUCCACAUCCUGUUUACCCCAUCACAAAAGACUAAGUUCUCUAUCUCUGUUCAGUGCUUUUAUUUGUACUUUCUCACAUCUUUUAAACACCCACAAAGGUGUACCCUUUUAACCAAUCCUGAACUACAAGAACUGGAGAAGAUCAGCACGUGGGUCAUCAGCCGCAGCUUUCCCUGCAGUGCUACCUGUGGGCUUGGCCUCCGUACUCAAGAGCUCUGCCUUAUCGGAGGAAAAAGAAACAUCCCCAGCACUUCCUGCAAGAUGAGGACCAUCCGCUGCCUAGACACCUGGCAGUGUGGACUGAAGACCCAAACGGUAACUGCUGGUCAGCGCCUGGAGCUUGACUGUUUAGAGGAAGUGAUGGAAGCCAUGGGCCGCUUUGCCUUUGUGGUGUCUUGGCGCUUUGCCCGUGGAAUCAUCACAUCUGAUGACUCACUAUUCAGCCGGUAUGAAGCCCUGAGCCUGGACAAGGUGGUGCUAGAUCCUCUCAGAGAAGAGGAUUCUGGGACAUACCGCUGUGACGUACUUGACACCGACAAACGAAGAGUGAAGAGAAUGUAUAAAGGGGUGAAAGUGUUAUCGCCCAGUGAGCUGAGUUUAAACUUUGCUAAAGGUCUGAUUCAGUGGGAAAACCCAGGGAGCCGGUUUCCGAACAAGACAACCAGAGGAAACCUGUAUCCCAGCAGCACUGUCCGAAACAUGGCGCUGAUAAGCGCCUCCAUAUCUGCUGCAAUAGCGACACUCAUCCUUCUGCUCCUGUGGGGUUUUUACCGAAUAAGACCAAGAAGAGCAGCUCAACUUUCCCAGGAUGUUUAAAAACAUUUCAAAGAUUAAAAAGUCAAAUUAUUUUUUGACUUUUCCUGCAAGUCACUGAUGAAUUAGAAGUGUUAAAAAUGAGUUGACCAAGUCACAAAUGUGUGGGAUUGAAAAACAUGUUUAAACUAUUUGUGUACUAUUUAUAGAGCGGAGCUGUUAAUGAACUGUUAAAAAAAAGUUCAAAUUCACAUUUGUGCUAAAAAGGACCAUGUUCACUUCAUCAACAAUUGGUCAAGUAGUCACAGGUUCCUAAUUUGGAUGCCAGUAUAUGUUAACAAUGCUUAAAAAUAUUUCUUAGCACCUGAGUCUCUAAAAAUUAUAGAUAGAUAAACAGACUUAAAGAUUAGAAAUAAUACAUUUAACAUUUUAUAGUGAGUUUU